AGAAUAGAUGUUCGGAGGCGCGUCGGAUUCCCUGGCCCCGCGGCAGGUGAGUUUUUAUAUGAUGCGACGCAGGCACAGUGCACCUAAUCUUCCCUCCCUCCGUUCCUGUUGUUCUUUCUAUUUAUGAUUUCUGCAAGUUUUCUCCCCGAUUUACCUCUCUCUCUCUCUCUCUCUCUCUCUCAUCCACAUCUCGUUUCUUCCCUCGACCCCUUCCCUUUGCCUUCGCCCUUCUUCUCUGGUCUGGAGUUGUAAUAAGUUGAUUCUAUCAUCAUCCUCCUCCUCCUCCUCUUUCAUUUACCCAGGAAACUGAAAGGAAUAUAUUGUUGACUUGCUUGUGACGGUAACAAAACUUUGGAAAAAGUGACCACCAAGCAAGAGACAUAGUUCUUAGCAUCAUAGACUAAGGAAUCUUCGGAAGCUAUAAUGGGACAAGCAAAGUUGUUUUCCAUGUGUCUGUUUUUUCUUGGUGUUGUGUUUUCAUUAUGCCUUUUCAGCAGAGAGAGGCUCGCGGGGCGCAUCUUGAGACCUUAAAAGAGUGCUUUGAUUGCAAUAUAUGUUUAGAUUCAUGCCUUGAUCCUGUGGUGACACUAUGUGGCCAUCUCUAUUGUUGGCCCUGCAUUUACAAAUGGCUUCAUGUUCAGACCACUUCGGCUUCUUUUGAGUCGGAGGAUGAUCGACCCAAGUGCCCUGUUUGUAAGGCUUACAUUUCUACUUCCUCGCUGGUUCCCCUCUAUGGUCGAGGUCAAGAACAUGGAUCCGAGGUCAAGAAGCCCCCCCAAUUGGAUUUGACGAUCCCCAACCGGCCUUCGCCACUUAGUGUCGAUUCCCUGCUUGCAACAAACAACAAUAAUCUGUCAUCAUUCCAACCUGAGAGCCCUGGUUUUCGGCCGCAGCAUUACAUUUCCCAUCCAUUCAACAAUCAGGGUUUGAUCGCACCCCCGAGCCCUAGUGCAGCCAGCAGCUCAUUCAGCCCGACAAUUAAUAUGGUCAGUGAAAUGGUAUUUGCCGGAAUGUUUGGGAGUUCAGACACUAGUUUGUUCGCGUACCCGUAUCAGAACUCCUACCAUUUUCUAGGAAGAAGCAGCCCCAGGUUAAGAAGGCAGGAAAUGCAGCUGGACAAGUCACUCAACAGAGUAUCCAUCUUUCUUUUUUGUUGCAUUGCCUUGUGCCUAAUCCUUUUCUGAGUUCUUGUUUUUUUUUGUUGUAAUAUAAAGUGCUGCUGUGUAUAGAUGUCAGCUGCUUCCGAGCUUCGGAUAUAGACUUGUUUUUUUUAUGCAACACAUUUAACACACAAAGCAAUAUUAUGUACAAGUACAACAUCUCAUGUUUGGAGCUUUGACAACAAGAAGUCGAUCAGCUCAUUGUGUUAUAUAUGACUACAGCUCUACUUCUAUUUUA